UACGGUUUAGCCAUAAGACGAAAUGUAGAUUCUGUGGGUGAUAAGAAAAAAAGCAUAAUGGCAACACUCUACCACUAUUGCUCGACCGAUGAAAAGUCGAAACAUAGAAAUUGCCGCAGGCGCCGACAGUUGGUGCGAGUGGCGCAAAGCUGAAGCCGCCGGUCAACUCGUAAACUAUAAACAUCCUGCUCCAGUUAUAAAGCCUGAUAUUGAGAAACACCUUACUUCGAUCUAUGAAGAUCUUCCCAAUGAAGAUCUUUUGACUAGAUGUUUAGGCGGGCACAUACAAAAUUCCAACGAAUCCUUCAAUUCGACUGUGUGGCGUAUCGCUUCCAAACACCUCAAUUCGGACUUUAAAAUUGUUCAAAUCGCUGCAUAUUUGGCUACUGGCAUCUUUAAUGAAGGCUACACUGCCAUUUUAUUAACAAUGCAGUUAUUAGAAAUCAAUAUCGGCCAGCAAUGCAAAAUGUUCGCUGAUAAUUACGAUGCGCAGCGAGUUACGAGAGGGGAGCGGCGCCGAAGCAGCACGACCAAGGAAGCUCGCACAGCUCGUAGACUGGAGCAAAUGCAACGAAACGAGUUUUAUGAAGAAGCUGAAGGCUUGCAGUAUAGCCCCGGUAUAGCUGAUUAGCAUAAGAUUGCGAUCAAAAUUGCAGGCUACAUUUUUCCCGCAGAUUGGCAACUCGGUUGGCGAGGCGCUUUGAUUAGAGAUACACCAUGGCGCCAUUUUGCAAUUAUUUUACAACAUAAAAAUUUUUUUUACAUCUUCAAAUAGGCAGUUAAAUAUUAUAAAAGUUUUAGGAACUUCAACUGCAUCAUUGUCAAUAAAAAAAAUUCAUAAAAAUCUUUUUUUAGCCUCUUAAACCAGGUUCCCCCCUUAAGCUCUUUGCUCAUGUCUUUCCAAACUUUUGCAGAACUCGAAGGAAACUUGUUAGUAUUAAAAUAGUGCAUAUAUUUCUGAAUUAAAAGUAUUGCUUCUUCGUUAGAAACAUUACAAGGUCGUCCUAUCUAAAAAAAAAAAAGAAACUCUUAAACUAUUACUUUCAACUUUCAAAAGGUAUCCAUUCAAAUAAAAAAAUUCCCUGAGAAUUCCCUGAUCUCUCAAGUAUUUUCGAAGACUUUUAAGUAAAAUAAGAA